AUGGAGGAGCGCGCGGAAUGGACUUUGACGCUGCGUGAGAUCUUCCAGGACGUCCAGCUGCAGGCCGUGGAGGCCAGCGGGUACCUGCGAAACCCGUCGGGUAUAGCGCACCAGCGGACACUUGUCCCAUCCGUGCGACGUCUCAACACGCUGUUUAAUGACGAGGUUAAGGACGGCAAGCGCGGGGUGGUGGAGGAAGCGUUUGUGCUCUUCCUGGACGAGAUAUGGCUGGCUAUGGCCAGAGUGUUGGUCGCUUCUAAAGUGAGUGACGUGGUGCUGCUAGCUGUAGCCUCGUUCGUGGGCGAAUUCCUGCGUCGUAAGAGCAGCAAGAGCAAGGAGCUUAAGGGCAAGGAGGAGCUGCGUGUGGAGCUUCUCAAGCGCCUCAUGGACGCCACCAAGGCUGAAGAUCGCGCCGUGAGACUGCGAGCCUGUCACAUGCUGCAGGUCGUGGCCAACCGCCUUGACUACAUCGAGGAGGAGCUCGAAACGCAGCUAAAAGCGACAAUGCUCAAGAGACUUAACGACAAGCUAACGUCUGUGCGGAUCCAGAGCAUCUACGGACUCAAGAACCUCCAGAAUCCAGAACAAGACGAAGAUGACGAGGUGACGCAAGAGCUGAGGAAGCUCAUGGUGUCUGACCCGUCCAAGGACGUACGCAAGGCGGCGCUGCUCAGCUUGACAGUCUCCAAGAAGUUAUACCAGGACCUUCUGGUCCGCAUCCGAGACGCCAGCGAGGACGUUCGCUACGCCGCCUUCCGUACCAUCGGCAACUCCAUGCCUCUGGAGGAAAUUCCUGUUAGUGACCGCGCCCAUCUCCUGGAUCAAGGGCUACAGGACCGAGCUGCGCGUGUGCGACGAGCGUGCGAGCAAAUGGUGCUGAAGAAGUGGUUCCCAGAGUGCGGUUCUUCGCCUGUGCUGCUGCUCAAGGCGCUGGAUAUCGAGCAGUAUCCGGACAUGGGCUCCAAGGCCUCGCGCCUGUUGUUGAAGCACUUCUCGGAGCAGCCACGAGCGCUACUGGAGAAGGAAGGAGUCGUCGAGUUCAACGCGCUGGAUAUCAUGUCCGAGAACAGCGACGCGUUCAAUGCCGAGAGCGUUUUCUUCUGGCGAGAACAGUGCUACUACUACCAGAAGGUCGACAACGACCCGGAUAAGGCUGCGGCACUGGUGCCGAACGUAUCGGACUUCAGCAAGAUGCUGGUGGCCACGUGCAAAGCCGAGAGCGACGUGCUCUUCAUCGCACAGCAGCUGCUGGAGUUCGGACAUUUGCUCGACUUCCAGGACGAGUUUGGACGCCGAAACCUGCUGGACGCCUUGCAGAAACUACUGCGUGAGCUGGACACGGAUAGCCAGCUGAUCAAGGGCGUCAUGGAGCUGAUGGCCUUCGUGUACUCUGGCAGCUCGGAGCAGGAGUUUAUCCAGGUCGUGGCUGAGGUUAUCUCGGACAUGUACGACCCGGUGGAGGUGGGCAAUCAGGACAACUCGACGUCGCAGCAGGAAGACUCGGAGGCUCCUGCGUCCCAGCAAGAAGCUUCGGCUGAGGACGAGACGGCAGCGCUCAGUUUUGGACCGCAGCUGCAUAAACUGAGUGAGGAAGACCGCGAAGCUGCGGAAGCCAAGUUCGAAGAGCUGGAAAAACAUCUCGAGACGCUUGAGUUCGACUCGGAAGAGUACAACAAGGUGCAGACAGAGAUGGUGGCGUUGGAGGCGCUGCUACAGGACCCGAGAGUGCUGAGUUGGCUGCGAUGUCUCGAGAUUGUGGCCCAGCUUCUGAAGCUCACAUCGCAUAAUCUGAGCGACCCGAUCGUGGACGGUAUGAGUCGCUACAUCCUGCCUGCGAUUGACAGCGACGUGCCUGCGCUACGUGAAGCUGGACUGGAGAACCUGGGACUGUUCUGUCUGCUUGAUAAACGUCUCGCCGAGCGGUAUCUGAUUGUGUUCUGGCGCGCUCUGAACAACCCAGAAGAAGAGAGCGAGGUCAAGCACACGUGCGUCCAGUCCAUCUUGGAUAUGGCAUUCAGCUUUACCAACCUCCAGCCACACAUUUUCGGUGCGAAACAAGCAAGAGGUUCUGGCGAUAAAGAAGAAGAGAAGGACGAGCGUGCCAAGGAGAGCGAGAGUCAAGAAAACAGUCAGGACGACGAAAACAAUGAUGAUCAGGGAGGAGACAAGGAUGAGAACAAAGACCAAGACGAAGAUAUGGAUAAGAACGGCGACCCGGAGCUAGCGGUGGGCGUCGAGAAGCUGGAUCUGGACGCUAUCUUCGUUGGUCUAGGACAGUUGAUCUCAGUCGAUGACGUGGAUCUUCAGAGCACCAUCGUGGAAGGCUUCUGCCGCCUGUUCAUGAUGAAUCGCAUCGACAACAUCACAGUGCUGGCGAUCCUGCUGGAGACGUACUUCAGUCCGAAGCUUCAGAAGGUGCAGCGGCAGAGCGAGCACGGCUUUCAGUCGCGCUCUCUCCAACUGCUGAGUAUUUUCUUCCCUGCUUUUGUCAUGGCUACAUCAGCCAACUGCAUGCUACUGGAGGAAGCCGCCACGCACUUGAUCCAGAAGUCGAUGGAGAAGUUGGAGAUGGAGAGCGACGAUAUGCUCGAUUUAAGCGCGUGUGCCAAGUACGUGCUGCAUCUGCUGAGUCACAGCGAUCAGGAACAAGAAGCAGCAGCUGUCCAGACGAGAAAAGGGCGCGCCAAGAAGCCCCAGAGACGACGCUGCGCGCAUCAUAACCGUAUCGGAAUCACCAUCUGUCUCGAGAUGCUGGCGCUUGACAAAGUGUCGGCGAUGCCCUCGAUCCACCAGGAUGUGGUCAUUACAAGACAGAAGACUCUUCUCAAGAUGAUCGCAUGGGUGGAAGUGACGCUGGACGAGCAGCGAUCUGCGGCGUUGUUCAAGUACUUGCUGCAAGAGAUCACGUCGUUGUGUUUUGGCUCGCAGAAGGGAUUGCUGCGUAGUGCAGAGGCGGCGUUGAAGCGCACGUUGGCUAGUUAUUCGGAGCAGAGCACGGAGCCGAGUGAGGACCAGACGGCUGCUUUGGAGCAGGAUCAAGUGUGGGCUCACGACCUCGUCAAGGAACGAGAAGAAGUGCUGCUUACAGUGCUGGUGAGGGCGAGUGCGGACCACGAGAAGUGGCUCAAGAGACAGAAGAAAGCUCAGCGACGACGGAACGCGCGGUACGUUUCAUCAGGGUCGUCGGAUUCAAGUGACAGUGAAAGCGACCAGGACGGAGACGACGAAGAACCCGCUACUGCACCUGCACGUCGUGAGCUUUCAUCGCGUCGUAGUAAGACGGCGGCCGUGAGUCGCAUGCACGAGAAGGAGGGCGAGUUUGACGCGAGGAUUAAGCAGGCGCUACAGGCCGAUGACGCGGAUGAGGAGGACGAAGAAGAGUACGACGAGGACAGUGAAACUGAAGGCGACGAGGAAUCCGAUGCCGAAGACGAGGACGGAGAGGAAGACGUGGAAGACGAAGAAGAGUAGGUGUACGGUUCUAAAUUCUAGGCAACCCGGACUUGGGAUCAGUGCCGGUACCACAUUAUCGGGCUAGAUUGAUGAACGUUUGGAUAAUAAAACGCGUAAGAUACGAAUGACAGAUCCGAA